CUAGGGCCACUCGCCGACACAAGAGAGCACUUUUUUUUUUUUUGGUGAUAGAGGGGACCCCGUGUGGCUCCGAGCAUCUGUUUCCGUCCCUCUGUUGGGUUUAAUGUGUCAGGCCGGCGUUGGUUCGCCGUCACCCCCCUGGAUAUUAUUUAUAACCGACAAGAAAAAUUGGAUGGGACGCGCACACGGGCAAGACAAUCCCGGAAAUAACAUGCGUACUCUCAGCCUGUCACGUACGCUCACUGAGGAUUUGCAUUGCUGUAGGCUGCCGUAGAUAUCCUACACUGCCUCAAAAUGUUUAUAAGACGGAUACAAAUAAAUACACAGAUCGAGAGUAUUAAAUGAGAGUAAUUGGUGAAAUAAGAGCCACUAGAAGAGGACUUGGACAUGAAACUUAUUCUCUCUGUGUGGCAGAGCUCCUCUCCAUCGGAGAAAAGCAGCGGCUGAGCUAGAAAAUGAAGAGAGGACGUGAGCUACGUGCGCAUCCAGCAGAUGACGAGAUGAAAUGGAGAGCUUGGGACACACGGACCUUUUAAACCCAAGCUCUUCCCGCGGAUCCGUCGCAGUUUCAGCCUCGCAGGAGGGAAGGACGAGCGGCCAGCAGUUCGCCUGUGGACCGGCAGAGAUUCACCACACGUACCGAGCGGACAUGGGGCUGAACGGCUUCUGCGCGGCGCCGGUCGGGAGUCCAACGGCCGCGGAGUUACUCGCGGGUCUGGCCUCUCAGACCGACUCCCCUGGAAUCACAACCCCAACGAAGCAGUCCAAAACCGGCGUGCCGCUCUACAACGGCGGGGUGGUGUCUCCGUUUGCCACCGUGGAGGGGAGCCACGCAGGCGUCUUGGCUCACACACCAAACGGUUACCCGGCACAAAUGAAGGGGGCUGCGGGGGUAACUGCCGGCCCCAUGUACCCCAUCACCAGCAGAGCCUGUCUGGUGGAGAAUGGGGAAAGGACAGCUCAUGAGAAGUGCCCUUUAUUGAUGAGGAGGAUCAAUGGUGACCUGAAAGGCAGGCAGAUGCAACAACAGAAACGGAGGGGUGGGGAGAACCGGGACACGGGGUCAGAAACUCUUAAUGGUCCCAUGGUAGGGUCACCGGGGUUAGGGGGUUCUGUGGAAGCUGCUUUUACGGCAGGAGACUCGGACUUGAAGAGGAGAAGGUUAACAGAGGGAACUGUUGGCCACAAAUCUUCAGAGGCUUCCAGAGUGGCCCGAGCAGUCGCCCCCCACAUGGUCACUGUCAACUGCAGCAACAGUUCCCAUAGCAACCAAAUGACUAUCAAUAAUGUGCACUGUGUCACUCCCCAAUCUCCCUUCACCCCUCCUGCCCCUCACACUAACCAGCACAACGGACAUAAGGUGGCCUCCUCAGGCCUGCCAGCUGCACCCAGCCAGAUCUCCCCAGUGGAGGCUAACGGCAUCCCGACCCCACCAGCACCUGCAGGGGCUGGCUGGUCAGCAGAGCGCAUAGCCCAGCAGUACAUCGUCCCCUGCAUGAAAUACUAUGGCAUCUGUGUGAAGGACAACUUCCUGGGCCCUCAGCUGGGCGACAGGGUCCUGGAGGAGGUGGAGGUCCUAAACCGCAGUGGGAAGUUUCGUGGCGGGCAGCUGGUGAGCCAGAAGAGCAUUCCCUCUCGCAGCAUCCGGGGUGACCAGAUCGCCUGGGUGGAGGGACGCGAACCCGGGUGCCAGAGCAUCGGGGCGCUGAUGGCUCACAUUGAUGAGGCCGUCAUGUACAGUGCUGCCAAUGGACAGCUGGGGGACUGUGUCAUCAACGGACGCACUAAGGCCAUGGUUGCCUGUUACCCAGGUAACGGGGCAGGAUAUGUCCGCCAUGUUGACAACCCUAAUGGAGAUGGACGCUGCAUCACAUGUAUCUACUAUCUUAACAAGAACUGGGAUGUGAAGAAACAAGGAGGGUUGUUGCAGAUCUACCCUGAAGGCAAAAAUGUGGUAGCCAACAUCGAACCUCUGUUUGACCGGCUGCUCAUCUUCUGGUCUGAUCGCAGGAACCCACAUGAAGUCAAGCCGGCCUACGCCACUCGCUAUGCCAUCACAGUCUGGUACUUUGAUGCCAAAGAGAGAGCAGAGGCUAAAGAGAAAUACAGACUGGCAACAGGACAGAAAGGUGUUCAAGUGCCUGUCACUCAAAACAGCAAGACAUAAAUCUCAUCUAAUCACUGGAGAGCACUCUGAAAUAUUAUGUGCCUUCCUGAACUGCUAAUGGACAUCGCGAUCAUAAAGGGAGACACUGUUAGACACUGUCAGUCGCCUCUGCAGCUCCACGCCACCCUUGCAUUGUCAGCUGUCAGAUCCACGUCACAGGCUGUGAUGUCAUGUUUUCCUGCCAUGUGAUUGGGCAGCUGAUCAGAGAUGCGGCAGAUAUAGAGCACAAUGGCCUGGAUAGUAUGGCAAAGGUGGCAGAAGAAGAAGUAAAUAACUUCGACAGUGUCACUGAAUCAUCUAUGAAGACAACUAACUGAAAAAAACAGGCUCCAUAAUUUUAUUUUGUUGCAGUUUUGCCUGUUCAGUUAUCAGUGAAGUUGUGAUGUAUUGAGUAAUCAUAGUUUUACUCUGCUCUGGUGUCAUUUUCAAUACAAACACAAGGGACAUAAACGAUGAAUCAGUGGAAAGACAGUGGGAAAAAAAAGAGGCGCAAGGAGUAGAAAUCAGUGGUGUUGUGUCUGAAAAUCCUUAUUUCCCCUAGACUGUGAUGUGGUCCCCUUGUCUCAUGAUGUGGGCAAGUGUGUAUGUGCGGGUAAUGUAAAGACAGAGACACAGGACAGAAAUGGCCCACAAGGCAUCAAGUGAUUCUCAGCCGUCAUACAGUGGAAAGUUGCCCUGUGGCACUCGUUCAGUCAGUCCUGGCUCAAGCACUAACCCUGAGCAUUACAGGGAUAUUUACAAUUUAUAAUCAGUGCAUGAGGACAACUCUACACUGUAGUUUGACUCUGUAUAGCACACUAAGUAUAGUUCAAGUAUUAUUCCAGGACCUUAUUACAACAUCUGUCUAAGAAUAAAAAAAAAAAAAAUCUUUUGCAACAGCCUCGAAAUGUGCCACAACAACCCAGA